GGAAGGCUCUGCGCGCCGAUUUUCAAGCUUCAGAAAGAAACUAAAUUUGCCGCGCGAGUCGUAUAAUGCGGAAGAAGAGGACACACAGAAUAUUCAACUGAAUCUGGAGCGGUGGGCUGCGGAGGAACGCCAGAGACGGAAGGCUCUACGGUCAUCCAGGUCCAACUCCAUUUUGGGCAGUCAACGCGCUUCGCUCGGACGACGGAUCAGCACACUCGGCCGUGCGAAAGAGGCGAGCAAUACGAACAGCCUGCUGAGGAUGUCGCAUGGAGGCGAAUCGGUUUCGAGUCUAGACUCGACGAACGACAAGGCCAAUGGCCACAUUUCCAGUGGCAGUCAAUUCGGCGUGGAAAAAGGAGAGCACAUUGCACGGCGCCAACUUGGGAGCGAAGCCCACCAUGCAGGCACGGACAUCAAAGGAAAAGGUCGCGCGACUGACAACCCAUUCAGCGAUCCCUCGGACCCAGAAUACGAAAGCACGCUAUCUCGCUCUGCCUCCUCCAACAAGCCGCGUCCGACGGCGCACCACCCGAUCGUCACUAUUGGUGGGACCCCCGUGGUGCGGCGGCAUUUGGGGCAUAGGAUCGGUCCGGAUGGACAAGAGCUCCCGUCGAUCGUCUCAACGGACGCCGAUGCAACUGGCAAAUACGACAUGAAGCGCGGCGGUGCGUCGUACGGAAAGUUGGCGCGCAAACCUGGGACCAUCACGGAAGAUGUGGAGGAGGACAGGCAUGCUGCCAUAGACGGAGAUGCGGGUGCUGGGGCUGCGAUAGCCAGGCAGAUCGGCGAGCGCGCGCCGCCGUCCCGCAAGAGCACUGCGGACUCGCGUUUCAACGAGAUCGACUUGGAGGAUAACACGGAGGAGGAGGAGGAUUCGCACCCACAUGGGCACAGUGAGGAGCAAGGUGCCGUCACUCCGCGUCAAGUGCAGCUUGGUACGGGUCAGGGACGCGGUCGACACGGGCAACUGCACUCUAGACCCGCGGGGGCUCAUGAGGAAGGUAGGCGAGUCGCCUGGUGGACGGAGUGGCUCUUCUGCUGCGGUGGUCCACCACCUGAUGAUGAGCAGGUGCGUUGCUGACUGAUCGGCUUGCAUACACUUCGCGACUGCGCUGACUGUCCCUCCCGCUUCCUGCCUGCUCGCCCGU